GUCGCUGCCGCGCGGGGGUGAAGCACCCGCUCCGCUCACCGGCCGGCGGCCGCGGCGGGCUCGGGGGGACGCGGGGACGCGUGUCCCCCUGCGCCUUUAAGAGGCGGCGGCGGCGGCGUUGCCCCCCCGACUCCACAUGAUCCUGACAUCAGCUGCAUCCCGGCAUCCCAGCCCACCCCGCAUCCCGGCCUGCCGCCACCGCGCAUCCCGCUCCGCCGCCGCCAUGGCCGCCGGGCAGGCCUACAGCGAGGAGAAGGGCGGCUCCUCCAGCCUGGGCGAGCCCGAGUACGGCCACGACCCGGCCAGCGGCGGCAUCUUCUCCUCCGACUACAAGCGGCAUGAUGACCUCAAGGAGAUGCUGGAUAGCAACAAGGACUCGCUCAAGCUGGAGGCCAUGAAGAGAAUCGUGGCGAUGAUCGCCCGUGGGAAGAACGCCUCCGAUCUCUUCCCAGCUGUCGUCAAAAAUGUGGCCUGCAAGAAUAUCGAGGUGAAGAAGCUGGUGUACGUGUACCUGGUGCGCUACGCCGAGGAGCAACAGGACCUGGCCCUGCUCUCCAUCUCCACCUUCCAGCGAGGACUCAAGGACCCCAACCAGCUGAUCCGCGCCAGCGCCCUGCGGGUCCUCUCCAGCAUCCGUGUGCCCAUCAUCGUGCCCAUAAUGAUGCUGGCCAUCAAAGAGGCAGCGUCGGACAUGUCCCCAUACGUGCGCAAGACAGCCGCCCACGCCAUCCCCAAACUGUACAGCCUGGACUCAGACCAGAAGGACCAGCUCAUUGAAGUGAUUGAGAAGCUGCUGGCAGACAAGACCACGCUGGUGGCCGGCAGCGUGGUGAUGGCAUUUGAGGAGGUCUGUCCCGAGCGCAUCGACCUCAUCCACAAGAACUACCGCAAGCUCUGCAAUCUGCUCAUCGACGUGGAGGAGUGGGGCCAAGUGGUGAUCAUCAACAUGCUGACGCGUUACGCACGCACCCAGUUCCUCAGCCCCAACCAGAAUGAGUCCCUGCUGGAAGAGAGCGCUGAGAAGGCCUUCUACGGCUCCGAUGAGGAGGACGCCAAGGACGCCAAGGCGGAGGCUGCCUCACUGGUGAAGUGCAAGCCCUAUGUCAUGGACCCUGACCACCGCCUGCUGCUGCGCAACACCAAGCCCCUGCUGCAGAGCCGCAACGCUGCGGUGGUGAUGGCCGUGGCUCAGCUCUACUUCCACCUGGCACCUAAGGCUGAGGUUGGCGUCAUAGCCAAGGCACUGGUGCGACUCCUGCGGAGCCACAGUGAGGUGCAGUACGUCGUGUUGCAGAAUGUGGCCACCAUGUCCAUCAAGCGGAGGGGAAUGUUUGAGCCCUACCUAAAGAGCUUCUACAUCCGCUCCACGGACCCCACACAGAUCAAGAUCCUCAAGCUGGAGGUCCUCACCAACCUGGCCAAUGAGACCAACAUUUCCACCAUCCUGCGGGAGUUUCAGACCUACAUCCGCAGCAUGGACAAAGAUUUUGUGGCAGCCACCAUCCAAGCCAUCGGGCGCUGUGCCACCAACAUCGGGAAGGUGCGGGACACCUGCCUCAAUGGCCUGGUCCAGCUCCUCUCCAACCGGGAUGAGCUGGUUGUGGCCGAAUCCGUGGUGGUCAUCAAAAAGCUGCUGCAGAUGCAGCCGGCCCAGCACAGUGAGAUCAUCAAGCACAUGGCCAAGCUCACUGACAACAUCCAGGUGCCCAUGGCACGGGCCAGCAUCCUGUGGCUCAUCGGGGAGUACUGCGAGCACGUACCCAAGAUCGCACCUGAUGUGCUGCGCAAGAUGGCCAAGUCCUUCACCAAUGAGGAGGACAUCGUGAAGCUGCAGGUCAUCAACCUGGCAGCUAAGCUCUACCUGACCAACUCCAAGCAGAGCAAGCUGCUGACCCAGUACGUACUCAACUUGGCCAAGUACGACCAGAACUACGACAUUCGGGACCGGGCCCGCUUCAUCCGCCAGCUCAUCGUGCCCACUGAGAAGAGUGGGGCCCUCAACAAGUAUGCCAAGAAGCUUUUCCUGGCCCAAAAACCUGCUCCCAUCCUGGAAUCCUCCUUCAAAGAUCGGGACCAUUUCCAGCUGGGCUCCCUGUCCCACCUGCUUAACGCCAAGGCAGUUGGCUACCAGGAGCUGCCCGACUGGCCGGACGAGGCCCCCGACCCUUCCGUGAGGAACGUGGAGGUUCCCGAGUGGACCAAGUGCACCAGCCGUGAGAAGAGGAAGGAGAAGGUGGAGAAACCUUUCUACUCCGAUUCAGAGGGCGAGUCAGGGCCAACUGAGUCAGCAGACAGCGAGCCUGAGUCCGUCAGCGAGGAGAGCGAGAGCAGCAGCAGCGAGGGCAGCUCCAGCUCCGGCAGCGAGGAGGAAGAGGAAGGCAGCGGGGACCAGUCAGAGGACAAGGAGGAGGAGGAGAAGAGGAAGAAGAAGAAGGAGAAGGAAGCCCCUCGGAAAGCAUCCCUGGAGAGCGCUGGCAGCCGCAGCGAGGAGGAGGAGGAGGAAGGGGUGAAGAAGGGCAAGAAGAAGAAGCAGCAGCAGGGGAGGAAGGGCCGUGACGAGACCUCGUCCGAGGAGGCCAGCGCCUCCGAGAGCAGCUCGUCUGAGUCAGACUCGGGCUCCGAGGUGCAGGAGUCACCAGCAGAGGUGGAGGGCAAGCGGAGGAAGGCGCCUGCCAGCACCAAACCCGGUCCCAGGGCCACUGCCGCAGGCCCCAAGGAAAUCUCCCUGCUCGACCUGGAUGACUUCACCCCGCCUCCUCCCCAGCCCGUCCCCUCCAGCAACAUCGUCUCCACCAGCCUGGUGACUGACCUGGAAGGUCUCACGCUCACCGACACCUCCCUGGCACCUGCUCUGCUGAGCCCGGCGUUCGGCUCGGUGAGGACCUACGAGCUGCUGCACCGCAUGACGGGCGAGGGGCUCUCCGUCGAGUACUGCUUCAGCCGCCGGCCCUUCCCGCACGACCCCCACAUGGUGGCUGUCCAGAUCCAGAUCUCCAACAACACCGAUGCCGAGGUGAAGAGCCUGCGCAUCAGCGAGCCCAAGCCGCUCUCGGGCAUGCGGAUCCAGGAGUUCCCCGAGAUUGAGAGCCUGGCGCCCGGCGACACUGCCAGCGUGGUCAUGGGCAUCGACUUCUGCGACUCCACCCAGGCAGCCAACUUCCAGCUCUGCACCCACACACGCCACUUCUACGUCUCCAUCCAGCCGCCCGUGGGGGAGCUCAUGGCUCCCGUCUUCAUGAGCGAGAACGAGUUCAAGAAGGAGCAGGAGCACCUCUCGCGGCUGGGCGAGGGGAAGCUGACGGGCAUGAGCGAGAUCACGGAGAAGCUGACACUGCCGGAAAAAUGCCGGAGCGACCACGCCAUCGUCCAGCAAGUGACCUCGGCCGCCAACGUGGGCCGCGUGCCCUGCGGAGCAGACAACGAGUACAGGUUCGCGGCCAAGACGGUGACCAGUGGGAGCCUGGUGCUCAUCACCCUGGAGAAGCGGGAGGGAGCCGCGGCCCAGCUGACCGUCAACAGCGAGAAGAUGGUUAUUGGCACCAUGCUGGUGAAGGACAUUGUCCAGGCCCUGGUGCAGUGACUGCCGGGCCCCGCCACAGCCACGACCCGUGCAGCCAUCUCCUCUGGUCCACCCCGCUCCCCCACACCCUCUGCAUCCACGUAACCUGUUUCUGCCGGGUAUUUCUCGCCCUGAGCCCCAGCGUGGCGGGGCAGCAGCUGGUGGGGAGAUGCAGGGAUCUCCGGAGCCGGCUAGGAGGAAGGAGCGGGACAGGGGAGACAGGAAACAGGGCGAUGCCCCGCUUGGAGGGGAUGCGGCCGGCUCCAGCAGCGCACCUCCUGCCCCCAGCCCCUCGCCGUGCGACGGUCUCGUAGCGUAACCCUAUUUAUUAUGGCCAGGAUCUCCCAAUAAAGCUCUCCUUGAACCCGCUCCCUUCGGCACCUCCGCUUCGCAAGCGCGGCGGCCGGAUCGCCCCCAAAUCGCUGCGCACCAGGCUGCUC